AUGAAAAGAUAUAGUGAAGGAAAUGAAAAGAUAUUUAAUUGUGUUAAAAAUAAAAAGAGUAAAAAAAAUAAUUCAUCAUUUGAUUUGUUGUAUGAUUGCAAAGAAGGAUAUUCCUUUUGCAAAAAAAACAAUUUCAAUAAUUUAAAUGGGUUAUUAAUUGAAAAAAAUAUAUUUUUAUUUAAUUUUAUUUUAAGUAUAAAAUAUAAUAAAGAGAAAAAAAAAACUAAAAAUAGCGAAAAGGAUAAUGAACAACAUGAAGACAAUAAAUUAAACUUAUAUUAUUUUUUUCAAGAUAAAAAAAUUUUCAUUAAUCAUGAUAAUUUGGAAAAUAUAAAAACAGAGCAAACUAGUAUUAUCACGGAAAAUUUUCAAGAAAAGACUAAGGAAAAUUCAGAUUUUGAUGACAAAAAAAUGGAUAUAUUUUAUGAAAAAAAAUUCAAAUUUUUGUUAAAACAUAAUUAUUUUUUUUAUAUGAAAAGAUAUAUCCAUAAUAUUUUAACUAAUGUUGAUAUAUGCACACAUGAUAAACCAAAUGAAACAUUCUUUGAAUUUUUUAGUAUAUUUAAAAAUAAAAAAAAAAAAAUAUGUUUCGAAAAUUCAAACGAGUUAUUAAGUGAUGUAUAUUUCGAUGUAUCUGAAGUAACGAACGAUAGUGAUUAUAAUUAUUUUUAUGAAAAAGCUAAUCAAAUAAUUGAAUUUGAAGAUGAACAUAUGGAAAUAAAUAAUGAAGAAGAAUUAUUUAAAACGAAAAUAGAGAAAAGUAACAGUCUUCCAAAUAAUUUAGAAUUUAAUAAAAAUGAUAAUUUUAUUAAGUUUGAAAAAAAAAAAUUUGUUAUUUCAGGGGAUAAUGAAAAAAAAAAUAAGGAAAAAAAAUUUGAAAAAUAUAUAUGUCGAUGUUGCUUAAAACAAAAAAAAGAUAUGCAUAAUUUUUAUAAUAAUAAUGGCGAUAGGGAAAAUAUAUUAUGUACAAAAUUUUCAAAUGUAUGCUUAUUACAAAUAUUUAUGUCAAAUUUAACAAAAAAUGAAUUAAGUUUUUGGGGAAAAAUAAAAGAUUACAUUGAAAAUAUGUUGGGUAACAUAAAAUCAAAUAUAUUUUAUAAAGGGAUGUCUAAUUAUGUUGAAAUGCCUUAUGUCGAAAUAAUAGAUAAAAUAAAAAAUAGGAAUAGUUUUCAAAAAAAUUUUAAAUUUAUAAAAAAAAAAAAAAAAAUUAUUAUUUUAAAAAAAAAAAGUAAAAUAAUAAAAUUUUUAUUUGAAAAAACAUUUAAUUCAAUUAGAAUUUCUGUUAAAUAUAAAGUAAUUUCUGGAAAUCAAAAAUUUUAUUAUUUUUGCAAAGACGCAAUGCAAAAAUAUCAAAAAAUAAUGAAAACAAAUAUAUUUACAAAUAAUUCAACCAAUUAUUUUAAAACAUAUCAUAAUAUUAAUACCAAAGAAAUUAAAAUUACUAAUACUGCAAAUGGUGAAUUACAUAAUUAUCUAAAUCCUAUUGUCUUUAAAAAUAAAGUGGAAAAGGGUUAUGAUUUUUCUAUUUUAAUUCAUAAUAAACACAUAGAAAUAUAUGGUUAUAUUUAUAUUAGAAAUUAUGUUUUUUUUUUAUUAAUUAUGAUAGAAGUUUAUAUGUUUAUGCAUUUUAAUCAAAUUAGUUAUACUUAUUCUACUAAUACCGAGAUAUUUUUAGAUCAAAUUUUAAAAAAUCUUUUUACAUAA